UCUACGCAGUAUAGUGCACGGUGUGCUACAGACGGGGUGAGGAAGUGUAGUGGUAAGGUAUGCUGACACUGUGAUGAGAGGGCAUGGACAUUUGCGGUCUGCAUAUAUUACAGCACUUCGGUGACGGGGGAAGCUACAACAAGAUGAAGUGCAGCUGUUCGGGCUACGAGCGUCUCCUGGAGUUGGCGUCGGUUUGCCCAGAUGAGGAUGCGCCCAGAGAGAAAGAGCAGGAACUCAUGUUCCACAAUGACGACGGCAGCUGCCAGCUGGUGGUGGUAGAACGCAACUUACGGGCUAGCGACCUUUGUCAUCUCUUGGCACUGAAGAACCGGGUGGCCAAGGACGCCAGCUGGACCAUUGUGGAGCAGUGGGUUGAUUUGGGACUCGAGCGGAGUCUGGAAGACCACGAGGAGGUGCUGGCUGUCUACCAUGACAUGGAGACAAAUGGGAAGCAUACAGACAAGCGAUUCAUAUUUCGCAAGGAUUUCUGCAAGUAUGAAUUCUUCCACAGUCCACAGCAAUUCUUCCCCACUGACAUGGUGGACCCAUCUGCCUGUGACCAGGUACUUGAGCCAAAUGCCCUACAGGUGUUGGUGACAUCAGCAGACGAGUGUCCUGUGAUCGGGAGCCAGAUGUGGGUGCGAGAGGCCAACAAGCAGGUGUGGAGCAAGGUGUUCAUGCUGCUGAGGGAUGCAACCCUUUACGUCUCUCACAAGGUGCAAGUGGUGUCAAAGCUGCUGAGGAAGAUGCCAAACAAGGUGGGUGAUGCAUCGGACCUGCAGGUGCUGGCAAGGCUGUCGGAUUGCAACGUGUACACUGCUCUGAACGCCCGGAGCCAGUUCCGCGCGCCUACAGAAUUUGGCCUGUGCCUGGCAGGCGGGCGAGAAGCUCUGCGCUGCUUGGCCUGCGAGUCGGAGCGCGCCAGAACCUGCUGGCUCACCGCAAUGAGGCUCGCCAAGUAUGGUAAGCAGCUUCGGGAGAACUACCGAGCCUUCAAGAACAAGCAACAGAUGGACAGCAUCACAUGUUCUGUACCUAGUGAAAGUGUGCGGUCCCGUGUUGCAAUGGACUUCACAGGAAGUGUUGGUCGUAUUGUGGAAGACCCUCAGGAAGCAAAAGCAAUUGCUGUGGCAGAGGGCUACUCAUGGAAGAGGCGGUGGCGGCCAUCAACGCGAGGCCCCAGUUUGCUGAGGGUGUCAGCGGGAGGUCUGAAGGCUGGGAUACAUAUCACGCAACCGUGGUUCCACAGUGGCAUGACACGGGAUCAGGCAACACAGCUUAUCAGCCGACGUGGCUCUGUGGAUGGUGUGUUCCUCGUGAGGGAGAGCCGCAGCAGUCCUGGGUCCUUUGUUCUGACUUUUAAGUGCAGUGGGAAAGUCUUGCAUUCACAGAUACAGCCUGUAUUGGACCCACUGCGAGAUUCAGUGUGUUAUUCUCUGGACAGUGGCGUGACCAAAUUCUAUGACCUCCUUCAGCUGGUUGAGUUCUACCAACUGAAUGCCGGAUGUCUGCCAACGCGACUCACACACUAUGUUGUGCAGAAUCCCACCGGUCCUUUGUAUGCAGAGAAGCAGAUUAUACCAGCAAGUUUCUGAUGCUGUCAAUAGUGCUUUGUUUGCAGAGAAGCAGAUUAUACCGGCAUGUUUCUGAUACUGUCAGUAGUGCUUUGUAUGCAGAGAAGCAGAUUAUACUGACAUGUUUCUGAUACUGUCAGUAGUGCUUUAAAAUUCGCUGCAAGACAAUCAAGAUGGCUUGAUGACUAACAUGCCUCUUUUAUUAUACUCAGACAGUAUUAAAACUUUCAUACAGGGUCAGUAUACAUAUUCAUCUUUUUAUUUUCAUAAUAAGAACAAAGAGUUUAUAAGGCUGAGGUUAACGUGCAUAACGAAUCUCAUAGUUACUCUGUGACCUGACAUUUUCCAAUGUCAUAUCAACAUUCACUUGGUGUGUUUUAUAUGGUCAUGCAUUUUAUUUAUGUCUGUGGGACUCCUUAUAGUUCAGUAAUUCCUUAGAUAAGAUUUAUUUAGAGCAGCGGUUCUCAACCUGAUGUUCUCAUUGUAAGCAUAUCCUGGUGAUAGCACUUUAUUAAACAGUUGGUAUACUUGCCUAAAUGCUGGAAAGUUCUUGGUUUGUAGAGUGUGGCAUAUUAAAUUAUGGUUUGUAACAAAAUUUGUAUGGCCAGAAUUUUCAGACCUUGUGAUAUGAGAAUUGUUAAUAUAUACAGUAGAACCCAGAUUAAUUUGACCUUUGGUUAUGCAACAUUCCAUGUUAUCCAACUUGACUUGAGCACCUGCAUAAAAAUUGUCGUGAUGGGAGAAAUUGUGGUGCAGUACAUUUUCUCCCUUGCCCUGCUGACACAAUGUUAGCAUGUCAGUAUUAUUUUCAUGCUCUUGUUUCAUGAUACAGUUGUGAAUCAAGUUCUGAAGAUAUAUUUCGUCUUGUUUUUAAUUUUAAUUUUAUUAUUCAGCAUUUUCGGUUAUCCAGCCACCCUUCAGUUCAGUUUAGGUCAGAUUAUCGAGGUUUUAUUGUGUGUUUACAUUCAUAUAUGUGUAUCUUUCUUGGAUCCUAUAUUUUUAUCAUUAUGAAGAUCAUUAUAUACGAAAAUAUAAACAGAAGGAUACACAGUAAAAUCUACAGAGUUCAGAUUUUUUUUUAAAUUUAUGGAGUUCUUCCCACGGAAGUUAAAGGCUGUAUAAAUGCAUUGUAUUGAUCUCACUUUCCUUUUUAUAGACAAAUUCAUGAAGUUAAGUUUUACUGUAUUUUCUGGAUGCUGGCAGUCAAGUAAUGAGAAUUAGAAGUUGAAUUUUAGGAAUUUAAGAGUUUGAGACAGAUUGGUUAAUUAUUGUGAAUAUAUAAAUUAAUUUGCACGAAGGAAGACCAAUACAUUGAUAUUAAUAUAAAUACUGUUCAUAUAUACAAAACAAUUGUUUUAUUGAAAGACCACAUUGAUAUUAAUAAGAAGUAUUGGAUCCGUUAUUUCAAAACGACACAUUAUAAUUAUAAAUAGAACCAUAUACAUCUUCUGCAACUGUCAUUCUAUUCACACCCUUCAGCCCAGCAGUAUUUUCUCCACGUUUUAAUGUUCACAGCCAAAAGACUUGGACCAUAACAUACAUAGGUCUUAAUGUUUCAGGUAAUGGUUACAAAAAUAUGACUCUUAUUUUUCACAUAGCCCAUUGUCUUGAAUUUUUUCAAAUGCAUCAUUUUGAAAACUGGAUCUGUUUGUAUCAUACUUUUCAUAAGAGAAAUUAUGAGACAGAUUUCGAUUGAAAUAUAGGAGAAGAUGGAAACUGAUAUAAGUAAUCAGAAGGAAUUAAGUUAAAAAUGGAAUAGAUCAGCAAUUUGAUUGUGCCAACAUGGGUUUCUCUUCCCUUGCCAGUAUCAAGACUUCUAAUGAUCACGUCCACAAAACUUUAUGUAUACAGUGUGGGAUAAAGUCAUAGCUCAGGACAGACAUUGGUUCUUGUUUUGGUAUGUAAUCUUAUGCAUAGCUGAAAAAUGUUAUUUUCUGGGAUAUAAUGCUAUUUAAUAUUCAUAUUCAUAAUCCAGACUACACAGCAUUACAUCCAUGAAAUCCAACAUUUUAUUUUUGGAAGUUUUGUAAGAUUCGAUGUUUCACUCUCGUGGUAAAGAAAUUAUAAUAGUUUUUUCUGUCAUGGCAUGUUUGAUAAGUAGAAAUCUCAUAUGGAAUUAGAGAAGUUGUGAAAUGUCUGUCAGUUAAUCAACAUAAAAUCUUCAAAUCACACCUAUUCACGACUGGUUUUGAAAGUAUAAUUGGUAUGUCUGUCUUGAAUUCCAGGGAAAAGAGACUGAAUGGAAAUGACUCAAAAUGACAUAGCAAAGAAAACAUAAACUUCUAAUAUAGAGAACAUUUAAGUUUUUAGUUUUUUUGUACUAUGAUUUUUAAUUUAUGGAAUUCAUUAAUUUAAUAUAUGUAACAAUUCAUCAUUAGAUAUUUACUUUACUGAUCUUAUUGAUAAAUGAUCAUAAUUCAUUAUAUUGUGAAUUUCUUUCUGUUAAUCAUUUUACACUAGUGUAAGUGAUUCUGUAUUUUUAAGUUAUGCAGUGAAGCAGAGAAAAGAAGAGAAAUAAUAGUUUUGUAAAAUUUUUUUGGACUUUGCCCCCUUAAAAGCCCUCAUGAUGUCAAUAUUUUGAACACAGGUACAGAUUGGAUUCUGACUUCUGAGUUUUUGAAACGUAAGGUUAUCUAAAUAACAUUUCAGUAGUCAAUUCCCACUUCACAAACAACACACUGCAUCUCUGUUGCAAAGUAAACCACUGAAUUCUGUUUUGCAAUAUAAUUGCUCUUUGUUGUGAUAAUUGUGUGAAAAGAAGUAUACUGUGUGCGAAAAAUGCAGAGAGCAAGGAUAUUAAAACCAAUUAAUAACGAUCAUUGUGCUGUAAAGAGUUAAAUCUAAUAGUUUCCUAAUAUUUUAAAUUUUCUUUACCCCUGAAAGCGCAUGGAUGAAGUUAUGGUAUUCUGACAAAAUUGGGUUACUCAGUUGAGAUACAGUUUGUUAUGACAUAAAAAUCAGCAGCAGUUGCUCAGAAGGUGCAAGACGUGCUACCUCUGAUCAUACUGAAAAUAAUGAAAUGUCAUAUCUUAAAGUGAUAAAUAGUCUGAAUAAAUUCUAAUAGUAAACCAGCCAGCUGACACCAUAACCCAAUUUGUUUUCUGCAUUUCUAACACUUAAUCUUUUUACAUUAAAGAAUGGUAAUCAAGGAUUGUAGCUUGAAGAUGGAGUCCCGAAAUUCCUCUGAAACUUUUGAACCUAUUGGCAUUAUAUCUCAUCAGACCGUAAUCCUCAAAUGUCACAAAUGAUUUCAUAUGUCUGUGGCACAUUUUCCAGUUGUGUAGGAGCUCAUGAGUCAUUACUAAACUGAAGAAGUAUUUAUGACAUGGAUCAAAGUAUGACGUCUUCCUUAUGAUAUUUGUUUGCCGUAUUUGCCAGAAUUUAGUGAACUUCUCACAAGAUAUAAUGUGCAUCCAAAUUUUGAAAAUUAAAUUUAAAAAGAUAUCAGCAAGUCAGUUUAAAAAAAAAAUUUAAUUACUUGUAAAUAUGGGACACAACACACUGAAUACUUAAGCAAAUCAUUUGUUGAUUAUUUGUGUGUAAUUCUUUACAGAAGUUUGCUGUUACUGAUUAUCACACAUUGCACACUACUUUUUUUUAGUUAAAGAAUACAUUUCAUUUUAGACAUCCCAAUUGCAGUUUUAUAUUUUAUAUAGUCACAACACAUAAAAUAUUAACUAGUUUCAUUAAAUAACAUUUUCAGUUUUAGUUUCAGUUAAUAUACCAGUACUGAGGCCAUGGUAUUCAGUCUGUGGAUUGACCCCCUCCACAUCUUCUUUGAGCCUUUACUCUGACCCUUCCAUCACACUUUCCUGUAUUUUCCUCCCACCAUUUAGCCACUCUGUUCAGAGUAAUGUUUAUAGUGAUAACCUUGUGGUAACCUUUCCUGGAAACAUACUGUCACCUGUAGGGGAGACUGUUAAUGGUGUUUGGAUUGGUGAAUGGAUUUAUUGACCACUUAUAACACAGUUCAUAAGUACAAGUAAUAUUGCAGCACCACCACUAACCUCAACAAUUCACAAAUCAUCACAGUACUCACUAAGCCUUUAUCCAGCCUACUGUGUUUUCACCAGCUGUUCCCUGGCAACGGCUUCUAACAGUGGAGAUUCUUCAGCUUAAAACUCUCAGAUCCUCUCUUCACAGCCCCCUGUCCAGAACUCAAUUGAACUCUCAACUGACUUUUUCCCUUGCUUAUAACAUCUUAGCACUGAUCACAUAGAAACACCCUGUUUCUAUUGUUGUAGUCCAAGUGUUGCAUUAUCAAAAAUCUGCUGCCUAGCAAUGGGAACGUGUUUACCUAGCCAUUGGCCAGAAAUGGUCGAUUUUUAGAGUCACCUUUUAGCAGUGGGUCUAUACACCACAAUACACUGUGGACUGGUUAGUAUAGAUUUGAGGAGGCUGCAGAGGGCCAGUGGUUGCCAGAGAGGCAGUAGCUUUGAGCUUCAUGUCAUUCUCAUUGUACAUGAGACUUCUUUCGUUGGCUUCAGAUCUGAACUAGAACACAUAAUAUGUGCCCAGUUUUUCAGAAAGAGAAAGUAAGCAUUACAUUCUGGCAAUACAGUAAUUUAAACAAUCCACAUAGAUUAGAACUGUUUGAAGACAAAGAAAUGAGGUUAUUCAUAUAUUCAUAAUUGUUCUGCAGAAGAGACGAUACCGAAAUACAAUUAUAUGUAACAAAUUAUAGGUUCUGUAGUAUUCCUUAAGAGAUGAUAACGUGAUACACAGAUUGUCCAGCAACAUUUUCUUUUUAGAGUCAAUGUCAUACGUGUAGUAUACUGCUGCAUAGAAGUGAGAAGAGUUUUCUUGCAGAUAAGACAAUCAUGUUAAUAUUGCGAGUCUGAUGGGGUUGAGAGCUGCUGUAUCAGUUCUUUAUAAAGAACUCGGACACUGAAGUGACUGACUGCUCCAUGGUGUGAGGCCGAGUUUGUGUGACUUGUUAAUAUUUCAUUCUGUCUGUAUGGUAACAGUUUUUGUGUACAAUAUGUUUCGUUCUCACUGUUAUUCCAGGAACAUUAUAUGCUAAAUGCUCUCACAAGCACUACACACCCAUAUGUGUUCCUUUAUUCAAAGGACCAGCUUUGAACCUCUAACUUCAUGUUUGAAAAAACACUUUUUUUUCUAUAAUUCUGUGUGUCAAGAUGUAAGCAUGUAACUCAGUAAAUUGGAAGUUUAUUCAGGUUAUAAUAAAAGCUGUGUUGUACAUUA